CAUUUUACACUAGUCCCUACUCCAGGUGUGGCGUGGUAAACUGCAGACUGACGUGCUUCGGACAAGGAGGCAUGUCAAAGUCCGAAGUGUACAAUAACUCGGAAAGUUUCAAUCCCAAGAAGUACUCGAAAACUUUCCUAUCCCUAUCCUCCGAUGCCGAGCCACUCGCUAGAGAGCUGACGCGUUUUCGAUUACAGCAACUGCACGAGUUCUACGAGCAACACGGACCGCAACUGACUGGAUGCAGAAUACUGGAGUAUGGUGGAGGCCCGGGUCACGUCUACCCUCUGAUCAGUGCAGCACCGUAUGCUUCAGAGAUCGUGUUUGCAGAGUACGCAGAGCAAAACCGGAAAGUAGCAGAAGAGUGGAGAUCGAACAAGAGCGAAGCGUUAGACCUGACACCUCUUUUCCAACAUGUCGUGAGCUCAUUAGAAAGCAAUAAGGACGAAAACGCAGUAGAACAAAGAGAGACGAGCGUCAGAUCGCUAAUUACUCAAAUCGUGCCAUGCGACAUCAACGAAUCCGACGCUCUGCGUGACGUCACUCUCCCGUUUGACGUCGUUUCUACUCACUUUUGCCUCGUCACUGCUGUCGCAUCAGUGGAGCAGUACACGCUCGGUUUGCAAAAGCUGGCUCGACUAUUGCGUCCGGGCGGAAUGAUUGUGAUGACGGAGUCAAUAGGAGGUACCUUCUAUCGAGUGGAGGGUAAGAAGUUACAUAAUUUGCACCUCGGCUCGACAGAAGUGGUUCAGCAAUCUUUGGUACAAGCUGGAUUCACUAAUGUGUCAAUGAAGACAAUGAAACGACCACCUUCUGAACUGAACGAUAUCGUAGAGUAUGCAUUUGUUACAGCUGUUUUGGCUUCUGCUUGAAUGACAGACUAGCAGUCACAGAGUAUGUUACUAAAUCAAUAUGAAAGGCUAUAUUAUCUGUCAGUUCAAUACAAACUUCUAUGUUGUGAGUGUGUA